CUCGCGUGGAUUUGCCAAGCGUCGCUGCUCCGGCUGGAGGAGCUCACUCUUUUUCUACCGCGCCAGCCGCAGCUGCCCGCGCGGAGGACGACAGCAGGGCCCUAGGCUGAAGGUUAAAACCCCACGGAAGGAACAUGAGGUUCCCUUGGAGAUCAUUCAAGAGGAAGAUAGAAGGAGCCAUUUAAAAUAGAGGAAAACUAUAGGCUGCAAGACUGGGGCCUGAGGGCUGGCAGUGGAAAACUCUGUUGGGUUGUGAUCUCUCACUGAAAAGUCCCAAGUGCCUUUUCGCUUCCUGCAAAAGGAAGGAAGACAAGGAGGAGACCAUGUCCAUAGCCCUGAAGCAAGUGUUCAACAAGGACAAGACCUUCCGGCCCAAGAGGAAAUUUGAACCUGGCACACAGAGGUUUGAGCUGCAUAAACGAGCUCAGGCAUCCCUCAACUCAGGUGUGGACCUGAGAGCAGCCGUGCAGCUGCCCAGCGGGGAGGACCAGAAUGACUGGGUGGCUGUGCAUGUGGUGGACUUCUUCAAUCGCAUCAACCUCAUCUAUGGCACCAUCUGUGAGUUCUGCACUGAGCAGACCUGCCCCGUGAUGUCAGGGGGUCCCAAGUACGAGUAUCGGUGGCAGGAUGACCUCAAGUAUAAGAAGCCAACUGCACUACCGGCUCCCCAGUACAUGAACCUGCUUAUGGAUUGGAUUGAAGUCCAGAUCAACAACGAGGACAUAUUUCCAACGUGUGUUGGUGUUCCCUUCCCAAAGAACUUCCUUCAGAUCUGCAAGAAGAUCCUGUGCCGCCUGUUUCGGGUCUUCGUCCAUGUCUACAUCCACCACUUUGACCGGGUCAUUGUGAUGGGUGCAGAGGCUCACGUCAACACCUGCUACAAACACUUCUAUUACUUCGUCACGGAGAUGAACCUCAUAGACCGCAAGGAGCUAGAGCCCUUGAAAGAGAUGACAACCAGGAUGUGUCACUAACAUUCCACCUCAUCUUCCGGAAGAAAGGAGCGCCGUCUCUCCCAGGAAUCCCCAUGGGACAGGAAGUGGCCCUCCCCGGCUGAAGUGGUCCCUACUUCCAGGAGCAGGAAGGCUGGAGCCCCACGCAGACUUCUGAGAGAUGUCUCCUACCCACUUCGUGCGCUCUUAACCCUCUAAGUGCUGCUAGCCAGGGCUGGUGGGCCAGGCAGACCACAGCAUGAAGGACCAGCUUGCCGCCUUAGGCUGAGGACGGUGCGGGAGAGGCCUCGCGCUUCCUCCACCUCUGCCUGUGACCUGCCCCCAGGCUUCACUGGAAUUCAGGUUUUGAGACUGAGAGGUUUUUUGUCUUUGUUGUUCUUUUCCACUUAAGUCUUAACUAACUUCUCUGUCAUUUAUUUUUCUAAGUACCAAGCAAAGUUGGGGAAUACCAUAUAAGCAGUACCUUUUCCUAUCCCACCUCUCCCACCGGAGUCCCGGAGUCCCCGGAACCCCGGCUCUGGGCCUGUGGCUUAACCUUGCAUGGGGCUCGGAGCUGGGAGGGGCCUGCAGUUCUCCUGGCAGCGUCCAUGGCUUUUCCCUCAUAGGCGGUUUCACCAGGGACCACCUGAUGGGGUGCGUGAUCUGUGCCCCAGGCAGGCCAUUCACAUGCUCACCACUGGGGAGAUUCUGGGACUGGAAGUGAGCUGGUGCAUUACCACUCUGCCCUGGUCAGGAUGGAUCCUAACAGUCAUUUCUAAACUCUUCCAUUGAGAUGUACUUUCCCAUUUCCCAGAAGAGAGAAAUAAAGUUACAAAUGACCCCUGGGAUCUUGAGCCAGAUUAGUGCGGUGUUUGUUCUCCACUGAGGGGUAGUGAGUCCUGGCUACCCAGACAUAUCACACAGUACUGGGAUUUCAGUGACAAGAGCAGAAAUCUGGUACGUGUGGAUCAAACACACUUGUCUUGUAGCCUGCCCAGCUUGACCCCAGAGCUUCUGAACUCAGCUGAUGGUUUCUCUCUUCUCUUCCUCUGAUCCCUGGUUUCCUUCCCUGUCCCACCCAUUCUUUGUCCAUCUCUUUAUCAUUCUCUCUUCUCUAUGAUCUCCACUCUCUAUUCUCUCCUCUCCCCCCUCUCUAUGUAGGGCUCUCUCUCUCCUCUCCUCUCCUCUCCCCUCCUCCCCCCAUCUCCUGUAUUGUAUGUUAAUGACACAAAGUUCAUUUCUGUCUAGUGGCUGUGCUACAGUCGCUAAGGUCUCCCUUCUAUCUGUUCAAUGUGUUCCUUCCAGCAGUCAGAAUAACCAUUCUGUGUUAUCUCCUGCCUUUGGAAGCUUUCGUAAAUGAAAUGUUGCCUUCUCUGAUUCAUUCACAAAACUGUGGUUCUGACAGAUUGACUAAGAAGUACUCAUACUUCCCAUGAUAUUUGAUUUUAAUAAAGUGUGUAUUGGUGGAGGGAAGUAGAUAUGAAUGUACUCUUGCAGUUAAUGUAAUAACAAAAGAUGACUAAGCUAGUCUGAUGUUAUUUAGUAUAUAUAAUAUGUUAAAGCCAUUUGUGAGUGCCACAAAAUCCUAGAAAGUGUGACAUAUUUGCCUAAUGAUGAAAAGGCUCACUGUAUGGACAGUGACAUUCUACAUGGUGGAACCAUGCUGAGAACAACCCUUACUUCCUGUCUCAUGGAUGUUGUCUUAUGAAACCCAACACUACUACUUCUCUGAUCUACAGGAACUUUCUCUUUUCUCCCUAAGUAACUUUUAGAGACCAAGAUAGGCAAUUUGGCCUAAAAGCGUAUCUGUCUAAGGGUCCAGAGAGAGGAAGCCCUGAAUUCCUGACCUAGGCAAUGCACAGUAGUAACACACUUCAUGGGUGUGCGGGAUGAUGGCAAUGAGAAAUGGCAGGCCAUGGCCUUGGGGAGCCUCUGCUGCCUUGUCCCUUGACCAACUGCAGGACUCACGCGGUAGGAAGUUGAGUGUGUGCCUGCAUUCCAGUAAUGCUCAGCCCAUGGGGAAGCCUGACUCCAAAGGCAUUCAGCAUUUAUCUCUAGUUAUUUUCUAUCAAUUGUUUGUGUAUGUGAAAUUUCUAUCCAGCUUUAAAAAAUCUAAAUAUUUUUUUAACUUCUUAAAAUGAUUUUUCUCUGGCUUGUAUUGUUAAUUGCACUAAUCAGCUCUUGGAGGAAAGUCUAGACAAUUGCUCUGCCUUUUUAAAGUAUAAUGUGUUCAUAUUUCUACAGAACUUUGUUUGGCAAAUUCUAAAGAAAAAUCUUCCUGGGCUGUUUCUAAGCCUUUGACUUGACCUAAUCUUCCAUACGUUUGUAUUGUGAUUAGAAGAACCUUACAGCCCCAGGACAGCUCCAGACCUGUUUCUGUCUCCUAACCUUGUUGUUGUACAUUUAUUUGAACUCUGGGAAAAUUCACAGUUAAGAUUCCGAGCACCCUAUGUCCUUUAGGGUAGUGAGUGUCAGCACAUCGCCUCAUUUCUUUUUCACUGUAUAUGCACUCAUGGCUGAACCAUCAAAAAACCAAAUUACAGUCAUCAUAAAGUUUUAAAAAAUGUUAUCAUGCCCUCCUGUUAGCAGUGAGAACAUUAUCCUAUCCAGCUUCAGCGUCAUCAGCUCCAGGAGCCUGAAAUGGAUGUUCAAAUUCUGCCUCAAAAAAUUCUUUGUAGUUGAUUUUUCUUUUAAAAAAAAAAUCUAGGAUAUAAUAAAAAAACUACACAUUGUA